AUGCUCCCACCAGCCGCAUUCUUCAAUACUCUUCAGACCCUGAUAUCGCUCGAACAAGACUCCGAGAUCGUCGAGACCUCAUUGCUACUAUCGUCUACACCUCCUAGUACGCUCGCACGGGCCGGUCUAGCCAUCCUGAAUCUAGCCGUCCAAUCACUCAAGACUGGUCUAGGAGGUCGCUCAGUCAUUGAGCUGGGCCUCGACCCUGCAGUAGUUAGCAAGGACUCCAGAGGCGAACUCCCCGAACAUGGCAUUCGGACAGGUGACAUUGUCCGGCUCGGUGAGAUGCCCAAGGGCACGGCCAAGAAGAAAGAGGUUGCUGAGCUCAAGACCAAAGGAGUCGAGGGAGUCGUGAUCAGAAUCGGUGAGAGAGCAGUAUGGGUGGCGCUGGGCAAGGAAGCAACAGGCGGUGACGAAGUUGAAAAUGUGCCUGACAGAAAGCUGUGGCUGGUCAAGCUUGCAAACGACGUCACUUACAAGCGAAUGAACCAGGUUUUGACUAAACUGCUCAAGGCACCAGAAUCAUCGUCAUACACGAGCCUGCAACGCGUCCUCCUAGGCCUCUCCUCGCCAGGAACUCCCGAUCUCGAGAAAACGAAAGAUCUGGUCUUCUCGGACCCGACACUGAAUCCUUCGCAGCAAGAUGCCAUUCGCUUUGCACUCUCUUCACCAGAGAUCGCCCUCAUCCAUGGCCCACCAGGCACCGGCAAGACCUACACCUUGAUCGAGCUGAUUCUACAGCUGCUGAAACAAGACCAGCGUGUCCUGGUCUGCGGCCCCAGCAAUAUCAGCGUCGACAACAUCGUCGAGCGCCUGGCUCUCACAUCCCCCAGCACGCCUAUCGUUCGACUAGGACAUCCCGCUCGCCUUUUGCCCAGCGUUCUGAACCACUCUCUAGAGGUACUAACCCGCACGAGUGAAGCGGGAGGCAUCGUGAACGAUGUGCGCAAGGAAAUGGACGAGAAGCAAGCCUCGAUUCGCAAGACACGGAACGGCCGCGAACGUCGGGUGAUAUAUACUGACCUCAAAGACUUGCGCAAGGAAUACCGCGAGAGAGAGGGCAGAUGUAUCGACGGCCUUGUCAGAAGCAGCAAAGUCGUCCUGGCGACACUUCAUGGUGCAGGAGGCCAUCAAACGAAGAACCAGGAGUUCGAUGUCGUGGUCAUUGACGAGGCCAGCCAGGCGUUGGAACCACAAUGCUGGAUACCAUUGGCCUUUGCCGGGAGCAGUGUCAAGAAACUCGUGUUGGCAGGAGACCACCUGCAACUACCACCGACAGUCAAAAGCGCAGACAGUAAAGACAACAAGGAUGAGAAGAAAAAGAAGAUAAAGUCUCUCGAAGAAGAAUUAGCCAAGCUUUCUGUCAAGGCCGAUGAGAUCAAAACAGCCACCCGUUGGUCUCUGGAAACGACAUUGUUCGAUCGACUUUUGGCAAUGUACGGUUCCGAAAUCAAAAGACUCCUCAACACUCAAUAUCGAAUGCACGAGAAAAUCAUGCGCUUUCCCAGCGACGAGCUGUACGACAGGAAACUCAUGGCGGCUGACUCUGUCAAGACUCGCCUGCUGAAAGACUUGCCCUACGAGGUGCGAGAGACGGAUGACACAGUGGAACCUCUUGUCUUCUUCGAUACCCAAGGCGGAGAUUUCCCCGAAAGGACCGAAGAUGAUUCUGGCGGUCAGAUCAAAGCGUCAGUCCUCUUGGGGGACAGCAAAAGCAAUGAAAUGGAGGCCGCUGUGGUGGCGAUGCAUGUGCGCAAUCUUACAGAAGCCGGCGUGAGGGACGAAGACAUUGCAGUGGUUACGCCCUACAAUGCACAACUCUCUGUCCUCAGCACAAUGUUGCGAGAGAAAUAUCCGAAGCUUGAGCUGGGUAGCGUGGAUGGGUUCCAAGGACGAGAAAAGGAGGCUGUCAUUGUCAGUUUGGUCAGAAGCAACGCGCAGAAAGAAGUUGGCUUUCUGGGUGAGAAGAGGAGAUUAAACGUUGCAAUGACCCGACCGAAGCGGCACUUAUGCGUGAUUGGCGAUUCAGAAACAGUAUCCAGGGGCAGCUCGUUCCUCAAAAGAUGGAUGAAGUAUCUUGAAGAUAACGCUGACCUCAGAUACCCGACUCUUGAAGACUUGAAGCUAGGCUGA